GAAUAGGAUAGGCGUUCGUUUGCAUGUGACGUCAGUCGUCAGGACACGCACGCAACGCAAACCCCUCGACACGCACACACCAAAAUAGCACAUCGAGUCCAACCACAGGUACAUGACGCAAGCGCAUCCGACGACUAAUGGCCGAACCAAAAGCGCAUCUCCCCCCGGUUUUGUCGGAUGCCACAAUCCGCUCCUUGUCAAUUGCGCUCGGCCUCCCCGAACCCGUGACCAUAUCGCGUUUAUCCGCAACGGCAGAGUACCACGGCAUCUAUCUGCUGCGCUUUGAUGCAGACAGCACGGGGCGCAUCACGCCGCCGCUGCAGAAACAGGCCGUCGACGCCGAUGGCUCCGCCACGCUCGUCCUCCGCGUGUCGGGCCGACACUUGCCCGGCCUGAAAACGCGCAACGAGGUCGGGUGCAUGGCUUGGGUGCGCUCCAACACCACCAUUCCCGUCCCGGCCGUGAUACGGUACGACGACACCCAGGACAACGCGCUGGGGCACGAAUUUACCCUGCUAGAAAAGGCGCCUGGCGUGAGCGUGGAUACCGUCUACGACACCCUCGGCGACGCCCAAAAACGCCUUUUGGUCGAGCAGCUGACCGGCUACAUAAUGCAGCUUCACGACAAACGCUGGCGCGAGCCGUGCGUCGGCGGCCUGGUGCCUGCGUCCGGCGACGGUGCGGAUCCGGUGCCUGCUUCCGGCGGCGGUGCGGAGCCGGUGCCUGGCCCCGUGGUCGAGGAGACCUUUUGGCAGCAGCCCGACGUCGACAAGUUCUGGCCUUUGGGCGAAACCGUGGACACGCUCAACCCCACGCAAGGACCGUUUCCUGGUUACGCGGCAUAUAUAGCCGCGAUUAUCGAACGUUACAUUCACGCCAUCGAACGCCACGAAUCUCUUAUGGCCUUUCGCGACCUUGUCCCGCGAUUGAAGGCCUUUAUCGCCGCGAUCCGCGACCCCGAAAGGACUGGCGGGCUAAAUAAUGCAGCUUACGUUGUCGCACAUAAGGAUAUGCAUUUUGCCAAUAUUAUGUGCGACCCGACGCAGCCGGAUAAAAUGCCCAUAACCGCCGUCCUGGACUGGGAGUUUUCGGGCAUCGUGCCGGCGAACCGAUGGAACCCGACGCGCGCCUUUCUCUGGAAUGGGCAACAGAACGACGUUUCGAAGCAGGAAAAGGAGCGGCUUUUUGAGUGGUUCAAAGAGCAGUUGAAGCAGCGAGCCCCGCACAUCCUCGACGAUAUGGAGCCCAGCAAAGCGCAAGAGACUAUGCAGACGGUGCAAAGCUUCCUGAGGGCCAUUGUUGAGGUGUGUCCGCGAGGGCAAUGCGCCGACAAGGUGGGCUCCUGGCGCACAACGGUGGAGGCCAGCUUGGAGGCAUUUGGUGUGUGACUUUUGCAAAGCUCAUGCGCAUAUAGUACAGGAGGAAAAAGAGGAACAAAGCUAGCAGGCUUUGUGGAUGUAAUAGGUGAGGUAGAGAUGAUUAAAUUCAUUUUGCUUUUUUUGGUAUGUGGGCUAGCUAGUGCAUGUACUUGCACCCACCCCUGAGUCUCGAGUUAAUUUUUGCUAUGCAUCAGGUUAUACAUUCAACCCCAACACUAGAAAGCAGCGUUCCUUCCCAAAGCGGCGAAUAACACGUAGCCAUUUGGGGACUCUUUAGAUUCUUUUGUCAACAGAUGAAUUCAGGGCCUGAGGCUCACGGCAGGGAUGAAUGAAGUGACUCACUUCUUGGUGUCCAGAUAGGCUGCAAUUGAGGCUAACAACUAUCGCUUGUUCAAUGCAAAGAGAGACGUAUGUGCUUCUUGGUUCGCGUGAGAGCCACACUUGUUA